CAUGUUUGGAAAUGACGAUCGACUCGUGAGAGAGUGCGCGAUGGUCUCAUUCGUUCGGCGACAAUGGCGGCAGACCUCGAUCAGUUUCAACAGCUUUUAAGGACCCUUCUUAGCACGGAUAACGAUGUCCGCACACAAGCAGAGGAAGCAUACAGAAAUAUUCCUGUGGAGAGCAAAGUCACCUUCUUGCUUGGAUCAAUAUGCAAUUCCAUCCUUGCCGAGGAGAUGCGAGCCAUGGCAGCAGUGCUCCUGCGACGGCUCUUCUCCUCAGAAUUCAUGGAUUUCUAUCCAAAAAUUCUCCCAGAGGCUCAAACUGAGUUGAAAAAGCAAAUACUUCUGGCAGUGCAGAAUGAACAGAGUGAUGCAUUGAGACGCAAAGUAUGCGAAGUCGCAGCCGAAGUUGCACGAAAUCUUAUAGACGAUGAUGGCAAUAAUUUGUGGCCAGAAUUCCUUCAGUUCCUAUUCCAGUGUGCAAACGGCCCAGUGCCAGCGCUUAAAGAAAGCGCUCUCCGCAUGUUCACAUCCGUCCCCGGUGUAUUUGGAAAUCAGCAAGCAAAUUAUCUCGACUCAAUUAAACAAAUGUUGCAGCAAUCAUUGAUGGACGCCGCAAAUUAUGAAGUGAGAUUUCAAGCGGUCAGAGCAAUCGGUGCGUUCAUAACCCUUCACGAGAAAGAAGCAAACAUACAGAAACAUUUUUCGGAGUUAUUACCAGGAGUUGUGCAAGUAACGGCACAAUCGGUCGAGAAGCAAGAAGACGAGGCGCUUCUGAAAGUGUUGAUAGAUUUGGCAGAAACGACACCAAAAUUUUUGAGGCCUCAAUUGGAGGCGAUAAUGGAAAUGUGCAUGAAAAUAUUUUCGGACGAGAAAAUGGGUGACUCGUGGCGUCAAUUAUCCCUUGAAGUUUUGGUCACACUCGCAGAGACAGCACCCGCGAUGGUUCGUAAAGUCGGGGGCAAAUAUAUCGUCGCGUUAAUUCCACUAGUUUUGAAAAUGAUGACUGAUCUUGAAGAGGACGAAGAAUGGAGUUUUUCGGAUGAAAUCAUUGAAGAGGACAACGAAUGCAACAACGUUGUUGCCGAAAGUGCUUUGGAUCGACUUGCUUGCGGUCUUGGUGGCAAAACAAUGCUGCCGCACAUUGUUCAAAAUAUACCAUCGAUGUUAAGUAAUAGCGAUUGGAAAUACAGACACGCUGCCCUCAUGGCCAUCUCAGCAGUCGGCGAAGGUUGUCACAAAAUGAUGGAAGCGAUGUUGGGUCAAAUAAUGGAAGGAAUCAUUCAUUAUCUUCAAGAUCCACAUCCUCGUGUCCGAUACGCAGCUUGUAACGCAGUUGGUCAAAUGUCCACCGAUUUUGCACCAACUUUCGAAAGAAAAUUCCACGACAAAGUUAUACCCGGUCUGUUGAUGGUGCUUGAUGACAAUGCCAAUCCACGAGUUCAGGCCCACGCUGGUGCAGCGCUCGUUAACUUUAGUGAGGAUUGCCCGAAAAACAUUCUGACUCCGUACCUCGACGCAAUCAUGUCCAAAUUGGAAUCGAUCUUGACUGCUAAAUUCCGAGAACUCGUAGAGAAGGGCACGAAGCUGGUACUCGAGCAGGUCGUGACUACGAUCGCAUCUGUAGCAGACACUUGUGAGGAACAAUUCGUUACGUAUUACGACAGACUCAUGCCAUGUCUCAAGUACAUUAUCCAGAAUGCGAAUCAGCAAGAGCACAAAAUGCUGAGAGGAAAAACGAUCGAGUGUGUGAGUCUUAUCGGUCUGGCUGUCGGGCCGGAAAAGUUUAUCACAGAUGCGAGCGAAGUCAUGGACAUGUUGUUGAAAACUCACACGGAAGGUGAUUUGCCAGAUGACGAUCCGCAAACGAGUUAUCUGAUCUCAGCUUGGGCUCGGAUUUGCAAAAUUCUCGGAAAGCAGUUCGAACAAUAUCUGCCUUUGGUAAUGGGACCAGUGUUACGUACAGCAGCUAUGAAACCCGAGGUCGCGUUGCUGGACAACGAAGACAUGGAGGGCGUUGAGGGUGAUCUCGAUUGGCAAUUCGUGUCACUUGGCGAACAACAAAAUUUCGGUAUCAAAACGGCUGGUCUAGAGGACAAAGCCUCGGCGUGUGAAAUGUUGGUCUGCUAUGCGCGUGAAUUGAAAGAAGGCUUUGCCGAUUACGCUGAAGAAGUCGUCAGGCUCAUGGUGCCCAUGCUCAAAUUUUAUUUCCACGACGGUGUUCGAACUGCAGCUGCUGAAAGCUUGCCGUGUCUCUUGGAGUGUGCCAAGAUCAAAGGGCCUCAAUAUCUCGAAGGCAUGUGGGAUUACAUACGGCCAGACCUAUUGAAGGCAAUCGACACUGAACCCGAAGCCGAAGUGUUGCCUGAGCUUUUAUAUUCCUUGGCGAAAUGUAUUGAGGCACUCGGGCCGGGCUGUCUUGCAGCUGGACCGAUGACCGAGCUUUUGCGUAUACUUGACAAGCUUUUGAACGAACACUUUGAGCGCGCAGUGGCGAGAUUGGAAAAACGCAAAGACGAAGAUUACGACGAGGUCGUCGAAGAACAAAUCGCCGCUGAAGACAACGAGGAUAUUUACACUCUGAAUAAAAUAGCAGACAUUUUACACGCUCUUUUCAUAACCCAUAAUUCCGCGUUUUUCCCAUAUUUCGAUCAAAUAUGCGGACAUUUCGUGAAACUUUUGGCACCGGAGCGCGCAUGGUCCGACCACCAAUGGGCGUUGUGUGUUUUCGAUGACGUCAUAGAAUACGGUGGUCCAGAAUGCGCAAAAUAUCAGGAAUACUUCUUGAGGCCGAUGAUCCAAUACGUCACUGACAAAACUCCCGAAGUCAGACAAGCGGCUGCUUAUGGCUGCGGAGUACUUGGACAAUUCGGUGGAGAAGCUUUCGCUCAAGCUUGCGCUGAAGCACUUCCGAGGCUUAUGGAAGUUAUCAACGAUCCAGAAUCGAGAUUGCAGGAAAACGUUAAUCCAACUGAAAACGCGAUAUCAGCUGUUACGAAAAUUCUUAAAUACAACAACAAAGCUAUCAACGUCGACGAGAUACUCCCACAUUGGCUCUCUUGGCUACCCGUAGUGGUCGACGAAGACGAAGCGCCCCACGUUUACGGAUAUCUUUGCGACUUGAUAGAGGCUAACUAUCCGGUAGUUUUAGGACCGAACAACGCCAACUUACCACGACUUAUAAGCUUUUUCGCUGAGGCGUUGUUCAAGGAGGCUGUAGCUGCAGAUAAUCCAGUGAUGGGUAGAAUUCUUAGUAUUGUCAGACAAAUUCAAAGCAACGAAACGAUGUUCCAGGCGUGUAUAAGCGCUUUAACGGCAGAUCAGCAGCAAGCUUUGCACGAGGCUCUGAGCAAUCAACCAGCAGUCGUUAAUUAGCAUCUCGUUUAAACAACUAACAAUUUAUUUUUUUCACUCCGAUUGCAAGACGAUGGAAUAAGGAAAGAGAAAGAUAAAAGAAAGAGUAUAAAACUUGAAACACACCCGAAGAGUCAGUCGAAAGAAUGAGAAGAGAAAUGAAAGAGAAUUGUCGGUAGCCCUUCAUCCCAAUUCGCAAUCGCAAGAGUUUCCUACGCUUCGCGAUUAUAACAAAACUAAACUAAAGUUCUUAAGGUAGCUAGAUUGUGUACCUAUUAAAGGUGGGAGAAACUUUUUCGUCUCAGCCUAAUAAAUAUCCAGCCUCUCGUUCCGACAGAGCGCAUGAGAGUAAGACAAAAAAGAAAAUUCAAACAAACAAAAAACUAAACACGAGAGAACCAGAUGAAAAAUGGCGAUUGACCCAACCCAAUCGGUUUUACCUCACUGUUACUUGUUGAUUCAAUAUUAUAUACAUAUAUAUAUUUUCUUCUUUUUGUACCUCGCGCCAAAAAAGAAUGUUUCUCCCCCCCCCCCUCCCCCACCUCCCACCCCCUCGCCCUCUCAUAAAUAACUUCGACGCGACGCAAAAAUUGCAAAUUUUUCGCCUACUCACGACUUGUAGCGCACGAAAAAAAACUUGCUUGAAUCUGAAAGUCUUGAUACGAUGUAAUGUUUAUGAGAAGAAUGAAAAGCGAAAAAAAAUAGGAAUUUUAUGAAACGAUAUUUUUCUCAUUUUAUUAUGUCAGUCGAUCGGUUAGCGAUAAUGUACGAAAUGAUGGGACAAAAAUGAUAAGAGAAUCAUGAAAAUUGAAGAGACGCCAUUUUGAGACAGGAACGUUUUUACAAGCGGUUGAUAUUCAAUCUCUCAUUUCUAUCGUCGUUAUUAUUAAUCUCACGAGUCCAAUGAACGUAUUUUUCAAGAAAUAAGUUUCGUUUGUGGUUUUUAAUGCAAAGGAUUUGACAAGUUCGAAGCACGAAAGCUUCGAAUGAGACAUAGAAAAGAGGAGAGGCAAAAAUACACCGUCGACUUCGCUCGAUCCUCGUAAUCCUGGGAUUGCUCAUGAAGGAUUGAGCAAAGGUGAAAAAAAAAUAAUUUCAUUUGUGCUGUUUCAUUCGUACGAUCCUGCAUGACCAAUUAAACGAAAAAAAAACAAAACACUGAAGAUUCAAAUCGUCCACGUUUUUACGAUAAUGUCGAUACGAGAGUAAACAAUUAUAAGAUAAACGUUUUUUUUUUUUUUGAUUAUUUAUAACGGCUCAGGUCGAUUUUUUGGAGAGACUCGCUGUUUCGAUGGAAAUUUAAGAUAAAAAAUGGAAAAUAUUCACUGAAGUUUCUGCAAGUAUUUUUUUCUUUAACCAUUUAAUCUGUAUUUUGAUAUUGAUACGGUUCCUGAUCCAAGAAGCAAAAACAGGAAGAAAUUAAGCAAUCCAACUGGUAAAACCGCGUGGCGAGCAUGACAUUGUGAUUUAGGUAUUUUACGAUUAAAUAUUUAGAAUACGAGUAAAUGUUAUUUAAUGAUAAUAUCGAUAAACGAUGCAGUGUUUAAAGCUACACGGUUUACCGCAGGAAUCUCUAAAAUAUUAUUGAACCGAAACGAUGAACCGUUGGAAUUUGUAUUUAAAAAGUUGAAAUUAAAAAAAAAACAGCGAAAAGGAUAAAAAUGAUCGAAAAUUAGAAGUUUGUGACAAAUCGUUGGGCGGCGAUCGACGUUUUCCUUUUGGUCCACAUUUUUCCAAGUCCAUCACUAAAAUGAGAUAAAACGCUUUGAUAUUUUGCUCCCCCAAAAACGUACUUUUGCUGAAAAGUUUGGUUAAAGCUGCUGAUAAAGAAGGUGCAAUUGGCCGUGCUCCCAUUUCGUCUGUUUAUUUGAAACUCAAUAUACAGCUAUAGUAGAUUUAAAAAUUUUCAAAUACGUUUGACAUUAACGAGAUAAACGAGUAUUGAAGAAUUAAGGCGCAAGAAGAAAAUGUUUUCUGUCUCGCAGAGAAAAAGAAAAAAAACUAAUUCGACGUGAGCGUCGUUAAAAAAAUCACCGGUGGAACAAAAAAACAAACCGCCGACGAAAGAGACGAACGAAAUAUGGUUCUUUAUGAGAAUAUUUCUUUGUACAUAUUACGAAUAAUAAAAGUAGCAUUGAGAAGCCCACUAAAUAAAGUAGAGUGUAAAUCUCGUUCUCGGUCCAUUCAUCGCGAGAUGACUAAAACCAUGCUGAUAAUUUUUUAGUCGUUUGCACCUGCAAUUAUUUUCUUUUAUUUUUCAAAAAAAAAAAAAUUUUUAAGUGCUUCGGUUCGACUUGCGAAAUAUCCGAUUAUCGAGCAAAAAAAUUAAUCACUUUUGUUUGUACCUAUCGCGAACGAAUUACCAAGUUCUUUGCAGGAAAAAAAUAUGAGCUGAAAUGAAAAGAAAAAAUAAAUAAAUAAAAAUUACUGGAAAACUUAUAUGAAAUAAAUUAUAGCUCUGAUGAUAAUAUUAUUAUUGUAUAGAGAUUAUUUUAAAGUUAUUAUUGAUCGAAAUAAAUGUCAGCUUUGUAAA